AUGGGCGGUGUGGUGCCAUUGGUGCCACCGCUGUUGGCAGCACUACCACCAGCUCCACCGCCGUUACGACUUAUCGCACCUCCCCCAUUGCCACAUCAGUCGCAAAUAGGAAGAAAGGGUGAAAAGGACAACGGAAAGAACUGCAUUCUUUCGUGCGAAAAGAGAAAAGCUGACGAUAGCGACCUUAAUAAGGACUUAAAAAAGGCAAAACUAGAAACCAAAGCGCUGAAAGCGAAGAGGCCAGGUUUCACAGAUGACCGUUACAAUGAGACUUCUUACUACAUUGAGAAUGGUCUCAGGAAAGUCUACCCUUACUACUUCACUUUCACCACAUUUACUAAAGGCAGAUGGGUCGGAGAGAAAAUCCUGGAUGUGUUUGCAAGGGAAUUCAGAGCUCAUCCUGCUGCUGAGUACGAGAGGUGUAUUCGGGCGGGCACACUCACUGUUAACUAUGAGCGUGUCGACCCUGACUACAGGCUUAAACACAACGACUUACUUGCCAACGUUGUACACAGGCACGAAGUACCGGUCACCAGCCAACCGAUCACCCUCGUUCAUAUCGACGAGGAAAUUGUGGUUGUCAACAAACCAGCCUCUAUCCCCGUUCACCCAUGUGGAAGAUACCGACACAACACCGUUGUUUUCAUACUUGCCAAGGAAUACAAUUUGAAGAAUUUAAGAACUAUUCACCGAUUGGACAGGCUAACAUCAGGACUAUUGCUGUUUGGGCGGAGUCCAAAGAAAGCAAGACAAAUGGAACAUCAAAUUAGAAACCGACAAGUACAGAAGGAAUAUGUUUGUAGAGUCGACGGCGAGUUCCCAGAUGAAGAAAUAGAAUGUCAAGAACCAAUAGAGGUGGUAAGCUAUAAGAUUGGAGUUUGUAAGGUAUCGCCAAAAGGGAAGGAUUGUUCCACAGUAUUCAAACGGCUUGGCUACAAUUCAAAGAAUAAUACAAGUGUAGUGCUCUGCCGGCCGAAGACAGGACGGAUGCAUCAAAUUAGAGUUCAUCUGCAAUAUUUAGGUUAUCCAGUUGUGAACGAUCCUCUAUAUAAUCAUCCAGUAUUUGGACCUCUACGUGGAAAGGGAGGUGACACGGGCGGUAAAACUGACGAACAAUUAGUCAGGGAUCUCAUUGCUAUACACAAUGCUGAAAAUUGGCUCGGAGUAGACGCAGCCGAUGAUGAUAUGCUGUUUUCGAAGCCUGCAUCGGAUGAUAAAGUUGGUGAAGAUGAAUGUGAUACAGGUCCAACAUCAAGAGAAUCGUCUCCAAGACUGGAAUCUCCAGCACCUGGUCUUACUCCAUCUUCGGUUAUGACUCCAACACUUCCAAGCCCAUCAAGUGGAGCAGAAGCCCCAAUGGAAGCGAUUGUAAACUCGGCCACAACUCCGUGCACUCUAGCACCUUCGCCAGCUACGUCACCGACUCCUAACGAAGACUCCAAUGACGGAAAGUCGGACAAAGUGACUGUAGCGACGCAGACAGGGUGUGGUGCGGGGGCACGGGAGGACAGUGGUGCGGCUGUGGGUGGUGCGGGGGGCGCUUCAGACGCUCUUGCAGCCGACCCGCACUGUUACGAGUGCCGCGUGCGCUACCGAGAUCCGCGACCUCGGGACCUCGUCAUGUAUCUGCACGCUUGGAAGUACAAGGGACCCGGCUGGGAAUAUGAAACUGAACUUCCUCAGUGGGCGAAUGUCGACUGGGAGGAACAAGAAAGUUCAUAG